GUCCCUCCUUCUUUCUUCCUUCCCUUCAAUCUCACCACCCUUUGCUAUGUACUGAACAAAACAUCAAUCAAAAUCAGUUUUUGGUUCAUUUUUCUUUUGAUUUGAACAUAGAGAAAAUAAAAAAUCUUCUGCAUUGUGAUUUUGAAUUUCUAUGUUCAUAGCAGGAAAUUCUUGUCAAGGAUUUACCUUUUCCACCCCCUUUUAUCCCCUCAAAGGUCAAGAAUUUUGAGAAACUUCCCUUCAUUCUUUUUCUUUGGGGGAAUCCAUUCCUUGUUCUUUUGUGAUCAUAUUUUCAUAUAGGGCUAUUGGUUUUCAAAAUCUUCUGUCAUAUUGUGUUUGAGUCCUCAUUGAGAUUCUGCAAUAUGGAGGAAUCUGGAGGUGUUGAGCCUUGAAUUCUGAAAGCUAUAUAUUUCAUAAAUUUACAACACUCUUUUUUUUUUCCUUCCUUGGGAUUUAAGUUACAUUGAUAUGCUGCAACAUUGAGUUCUUUGGGAGGAUUUUCCACUGGUAUGAUCUUUUUUGUUCUCAAUAAAGGACAGUCGAUACAAGUUUUCACGGUGAAUGGCUACUUGAUUGGAGGAAUUAGAAGGGUGGGAGCUUCUGGGUUCCCAAGAAAAAUACAAGUGUACCCAGUUGCUUAACUACAACAAUUUCCACAGAAGGGAAGUCAUAGAUUGAUUGAUAAAACAUGGGGUGCAUCUGCUCAAAGGAGUCCUCAAACAAAGACAAAGUUGAGGAAUAUGAGAAAGAAAAAGAGCUGAACAAAUCUUCAGUGCAAUUGGUUGCUCCUGCUGUUUCAGCUGCAGAGUUUGAUGGUUCAGUGCCCCAUUUGAUUAAGACAACAUCACAUCUAAUCAGGGGCUCUAACCAAACGCUACCUGAUGAUAAAACCAACCAUUUGAAUGGAACAAAUAGCAAACACCAUAGAUGCAUGACAACAGAUGGUGAUGGAGUUGAAAGAAAGCCAAUCAUGAGUAGAAUUCUCAGCGUGCCGCACAGCAUAGGAGAACAUGUAGAUUUUGGAUGGCCAUUGUGGUUGUCUUCAGUGGCCGCGGAAGCCAUCAAAGGGUGGGUGCCUCGAAGGGCAGACUCCUUUGAAAAAUUAGCCCAAAUUGGACAAGGGGCUUAUAGCAGUGUGCAUAAAGCUCGUGACCUUGAAACUGGCAAAUUUGUGGCUUUGAAGAAAGUUCGGUUUUCAAGUGCUGAUCCUGAAAGUGUUCGUUUUAUGGCGAGGGAAAUCUAUAUUUUGCGCCAACUUGAUCAUCCUAAUAUCAUCAAACUUGAGGGUCUUGUCACAUCUAGAACGUCCACCAGUUUGUACCUUGUUUUUGAGUACAUGGAGCAUGACCUUGCUGGUCUAGCAGCUGUACCUAGCAUAAAAUUCACUGAACCACAGGUUAAAUGUUACAUGCAGCAACUGCUAUGUGGGCUUGAGCACUGCCAUAGCCGGGGCGUGCUGCACCGUGACAUCAAGGGUUCAAACCUUCUGAUUGACAACAAUGGAAAUCUCAAAAUUGGAGAUUUUGGUCUUGCAACCGUGUACGAUCCUGAGAAGAAGCAGCCACUGACUAGCCGUGUUGUGACUCUGUGGUAUAGGGCACCUGAACUUUUGCUAGGUGCUACAGACUAUGGAGCUGCAAUUGACUUGUGGAGUACUGGUUGCAUUCUAGCAGAAUUGCUGGUGGGGAAGCCUAUCAUGCCUGGAAGGACAGAGGUGGAACAAAUGCACAAGAUUUUUAAGCUUUGUGGUUCACCAUCUGAAGAGUAUUGGCAGAGAACAAAGUUUCCACAUGCAACAAGUUUUAAACCACAACACCGUUACAAACGCCAAGUAUCCGACACAUUUAGAAACUUUUCUCCAGCUGCAUUGGCUCUUGCUGAUAAGCUCCUUUCCAUAGAACCAGAUGAUCGAGGAUCUGCAGCUUCCGCACUCAACAGUGAGUUCUUCACUACAAAUCCACUACCUUGUGAUCCUUCAAGUUUACCAAAGUUUCCACCAAGCAAGGAGUUUGAUGCUAAGCGUCGAGAUAAAGAAGCAAUAAGAAAAAACACUGAAGCAGGUAAAGGACGUAGGCCAGUAUCUGUUUUAAGAGGAGCAGGAGAAGGCAAAGUGCUGGAAACACCAGAGUAUAAUGCUAGGGGAGAUACAUCUUUGCGGGGCACGUCAAAUACUAGAGUGUCCCGUCCUAAACAUGAGUCACAAGAGGAGGGUGGAUCUCACAAGUGUGAGACAACAAGAGCAUCUCUACAAAAUGGUUAUGCAAAUUCUACUUCAGUUAUACUUGGCAGUGCAGUAGGACCAUCUUCAUUGAGUAAAAGACCAGGAUCAUCUAGAUCUAGGAACAAUCCAGAGUUAAGGACACAAAGGUCACAUUUGAAUCACGUGGCAGAUUUAUCUACCUCCUCUGUUAAAAAGGAACAAGAACCUGGGAUGGGGUAUGUGCCCAAGAAAAAUAGGAUCCAUUGUUCUGGACCAUUAGUACCUCCAGGUGGCAACAUUGAUGACAUGCUAAGAGAGCAUGAGAGGUUAAUGCAAGAUGUUUUCCGUAGUGUCAAGAAGAAUAGUCAGGAUAACCGAAGCAACCAAUAAGAGCAAUUUUUAGUGUUCUCGAAUAUUAAACUCUACUUCUUUGGCAUACUUUCUGCUGUGUAACUUGUCUACUAAAAGUGAAUCCAAUAUAAAAUGAUAAAUGAAAAUAAAACUCAGGAGUUUCUAAUGGCAAGUGCCCAUAUUUGUACCAUGGAUGAUUAACUGUUUUGAAGCGAUUGUAUAUUAUGGUAGUGGUCAUCGAGGUUCUUUGUUGCUAACUUUUUGCAAGAUACUG